AUGGCUAACGACGAAUAUGAUGUGAGUUAUGUUGUAGCUGUGGUGCUCAUUGGAGACUCUGGAGUUGGAAAAUCCAACCUGCUCAGCCGAUUCACGCGCAAUGAAUUUAACCUCGAUUCCAAGUCCACCAUUGGCGUAGAGUUCGCUACUCGAUCUAUUCAAGUUGAUUCGAAGACCAUCAAGUCUCAGAUCUGGGAUACUGCUGGGCAGGAAAGAUACCGCGCUAUAACCUCUGCUUACUAUCGCGGCGCUGUUGGUGCGCUCCUUGUUUACGACGUCAGCAAACACCAGACAUACGAGAAUGUUACUCGGUGGUUAAAGGAGCUACGGGACCACGCCGACUCAAAUAUUGUCAUCAUGUUGGUCGGAAACAAGAGUGAUCUUAGGCACUUACGGGCUGUGCCUACUGAUGAGGCCAAGCAGUUUGCGAGUGAAAACAACUUGUCGUUCAUUGAGACCUCCGCCUUGGACGCAAGCAAUGUCGAACUUGCUUUCCAGAAUAUUCUUACUGAAAUCUUCCGCAUUGUAUCAAGUAAGGCUCUUGAGAGUGGCGAUUCUUCUGCAAACCAGCUCGGCGACCGUAAGGUUGUGGAAAUCACUAAGACCCCAGACUCUGAGAAGAAGCCAGGGUGCUGCUGA